AUGCAAGAGUAUUGUGCAAAUCAUGAAGACGGCGAUGGCAAAAAAAAGAACGUCAGCUUGGAUGUCAAGAACGGAGCGGCACAGCUGGACGGACUCUUCGAUGUAAUGAAGAGUUACCGCAGAAACUGGCUCAUCGCAGAAAACGAGAAAAGACGCGGUCUUCUAAGCAGACGGAUCACGACCCCAGAGCCAAAAACCUCGAAACGGUGGGCGACAAGUCCAGUGGAGCCUCGAGAAACAGUGCGACCAAGAAGUGAAAAGGACGGCGAGUGGCAGAAAGUCUUGUCCAAAAAAACAAGGAAGAUACCCGCAACCGAAGGAACGGAAAACAAAAAUCCAAAAGACGGAGGACAACAAAGAAGGAAUAUCGCCUCAAACCAGAGAGCAAAAAGCUGGCCCAAACGACAAUCGGAGACCGUAAUCAUAAAACCAGCAGAAGGAAAUAGCUACGCCGAGGUCCUCAAGUGUAUCCGUAGCAAGGUAAACAUAAGAGAAGGAGAGGUGAAAAUUAAAGGGAUUCGCAAAACAAGAGCCGGAGCUGCACUACUGGAGCUGGAGAAAGGACAAUCCAUAAAAGCCAGUUUCUGCGAAGCACUCAAGACGACCCUCCGAGAAUCCGCAACUGUGGCUGACCUUAAACCAAAAGCCACAAUAGAGAUUAGAGACCUCGACUCCCUUUCAACAAAAGAAGAGGUAGCAGAGGCUGUAAAAGAAGUGCUACAGGACUCCAUCGAAGACUUGACGAUAAGCAUAACAUAUAUAACGCUCGACGAGGAUAAAGCUGACAUACUGAUUCGACAGGCACGCAUAAAAAUCGACUGGGUUAACUGCAGGCUGCGACUGGAAGAAACCCCAAAAAUAUGCUUUCGCUGUUUUGGACCAGGGCACUUAGCCUGGGAUUGCAAAGGACCCGACAGAAGAGGACAAGGUGCUUGCAUAAAAUGCGGCCAACCAGGUCACAAAAUGAAAGAGUGCACAAAGCCCCCCUCAUGCUGCCUCUGCGUGGAGGCUAAACACGAAAAGGCUGACCAUAUCCCGGGAUCCGCAAAAUUUAUAGUAUAUAGAAAAUACCAAAACAAAUGA